AUGUCUGGUUACCUACUUUACAACUACACACCCUCGCUAGCAUCCGCAAUUAUUUGCAUGUUUCUUUUUAUCGGCCUAACUUUCGGGCACAUCUUUUUUGUUUGGAAACACAAGACAAUUUUCUUCAUAACUUUCAUUAUUGGCGGGUUGUUUGAAGCCAUUGGAUACGGAGCACGAGCAGCCAACGCCCAUGAGGCCCCAAAUUACUCGACAAUCCCAUACGCCUUGCAGAGUUUGUUUGUUCUACUCGCUCCUUCUCUGUUUGCGGCAUCAAUCUACAUGAUUCUUGGUCGUAUCAUACGUUUGGUGGAUGGUGAUUCAAGAUCUCUCAUUCGCGCAACGAGAUUGACGAAGAUCUUUGUGCUUGGCGAUGUGCUGUCAUUCUUUAUCCAGAGUGGAGGAGGUGGAAUUAUGUCUAGUGCCAAAACAGCUAGCAGCAUGAAGCUCGGCGAACAUGUCAUCAUCGUCGGCUUGAUCGUCCAAAUCAUCUUCUUUGGCUUCUUCGUUGUUGUCUCGGUCGUCUUUCAUAAGCGCAUGGCGAACAAUCCGACUUCCGCAGCAAUGGCUACCUCGGUGGACUGGCACCGGUACAUGCUCGUCCUUUAUGUUGCAAGCGGUUUGAUUAUGACCCGUUGUCUCUACCGAGUGAUCGAGUAUAUUCAAGGAUCGACUGGCCUUUUCCAAAGUCAUGAGUACUUUGCAUACGUCUUUGACGCUGCCCUCAUGCUGUUGGUCACGAUCAUUUUCCUUGUUUAUCACCCCAGUCAAAUUAUCUCUGGAGGACAUCGCAAAUUUGAUAAUAUGGAGCUCAUGCGUGGAGAGGGGGCAUAG